AUGAAUUAUCUGAUAAAAUUUGAUUUUUUUUCAUCCAAUUUUAAUUUUUACUUAACAAACAAAUAAAAUAAAAGAGGGACAUUUUAAGGAGCGCUAGUAUCACUAUCAAUCUUAGUAGUAGUGCUUAGUUAUUUCAUAUAUCUCAUUCUAUAGUUCCUUAAUAACUAAAUUGAUCCGAAGUUUAGAUCUUAAAUUUUUGUCACAGAUGAACCAACUGAAAUAUCUCUUCGAAAUGACUUAUUAGCUUUCCAAUACUAGGUAGAUGCAUUUAAUUCGUUAGAUACACUUUAAAAACAAAAUAAUAAAACUUAUCUAGUUCCAAUUGCAUUUUUUCUUUAUCCUAAUCAAAAUGAUAAUACCUAUAUCUCGCUCAACUUCACAGAAUGUUCAAGUGUUAAACUUUAAGGAUAUAAAUGCAUUGAUUUCUCUAACUUAUCUAAUUACAGCUUGAUUUUAGAUGGGAAAUAAAAUUAUUAUUCUUAAAUAUAUUUGUUUUUUUAUCCAUGCCCUGUUGUUGAUGCUUUUAAAACAACUAUGCCAGAUAAUUGUGCUAAUUAAACUGAAAUAGAAAAUUUGGUGGAUUUAAAUGCAGCAGGAUUAAAUUUAAAGCUAACUAAAGUUAGUUAAGGUUUUAUUAUUCAGUCAGAUUCAUAAUAUUCUGGUCCUAUUAACUAUAAUCUAGAAAAUAAUGUAUUCAGCAAUAAAUUUAAUUUACCUUACAUAUAGAUUAUAUUAUACAUAUUAAGAGACAUUGAAGAAAAAUAGUUUGUUUGA